UUUUGUGUCACUAGUUGUAUGAAAUCAAAUUUUAUGAACCCAAAAGUUUAAAAUUGGGUCCAUAAAUUUAUAAAAUAUAAAGAGCCUCACACAACUCUGCACACAAUAAAACUUCUCCAAUUGAUAUUACUUAUGGCAUGAUCUCAAUUUUCAAAGACACAAUUGGCGAAUUCUAUAACUUUUGAGGAUGAAAGGGUAACUUGUAGUUUGUUUCGGUGCCAAAUUUCAAAGUUGGCUCAUUCUUAAACCGCUGCUCCCAUGUUCCCUCCUCAUGCCAUUGCGAUUCUUUCAUUCUUUCUAUAGGCGAAGAUCUCAGCGAAUCAGCCUUCAAUCUACAAAGAUAUUUCUCUGGACAUCAAAAGUAAAGAAGAACUGCACAAGUGCUCCCCUGCAGCUUAAGAUUAUUUCAUUAUCAGUAUCCAAAUGAAACAAAUCGUGAAGAUUUUGACGAUAGUUUUUGGGGUAUCCGCCCUUUGGAUAGGCUUGCUGCAGACAUCAGUGGUUCCAGAGAACUAUACUUGGCUGUUGCCUCUAUACUUGAUUGUGUCCCUUGGAUGCUACGGUCUCUUAAUGGUAGGUGUUGGCCUCAUGAAAUUUCCCACGUGCCCGCAAGAAGCUGUUUACUUACAGCAGGACGUUCGUGAAGCCAAGGAGUUGUUGCAGAAAAAAGGGGUUGAUGUUGGCUCUGAUUGAUCUGGUUGGUGAAAUUAAGUUUGGUUGUUUACUUACUGAAAAUACAUCCCAGCCCGCAGGAAGAAUUAGCCAGUCAUCAACUCUCCAAAGUUGCCAAAAGACUUUGUAACUGAUAUUGAUACC